AUCACAUUCAGACAGACAGCGGAUGAUGGUGAAGAUGUCAGGUGUGUUAGCCCAGGUUAAACAGCUGAAGACAAAUACGAUACACAUCGGAUUGAUGAGGAAUACAUCAACAGCAUGAAGGGUGCUAGUUGUCCAGAAGAGAAGUCUUUCUGUCUGUAUUCCUGGUUUUCCAGGAAUCAAAUACUCUCAGAUUGAGGUCCCGGCUGUGGGAUGGAGAUGGAACGUUACUUGGGGGAAAAUUCUGCCGCUCCGCCCAACGCCACCAACGUCACAACCACAACAGGGGCAACGUUUCAUGUUAAGGCGUUGACAGAACGAUUAGCCCUGGUGGCUCUGUUGGCUUUGCUGACGCUACUGACGGCCAUCAUGAACGCUGCUGUUAUCGCGGCCAUUUGCACCACCAAGAAGCUCCACCUCCCCGCAAACUACCUCAUCUGCUCAUUGGCUGUCACUGACUUCCUGGUUGCUGUGCUGGUAAUGCCUAUUAGCAUCCUCUACAUCACCAUGGAGACGUGGUCUUUGGGGCAGAUUGUGUGUGAGGCGUGGCUGAGCGUCGACAUGACCUGCUGUACUAGCUCUAUUCUGCAUUUGUGCGUCAUAGCACUGGACCGCUACUGGGCCAUCACCAAAGCCAUCGAAUAUGCACGCAAGAGGACAGCUCGUCGUGCGGCCAUCAUGGUGGCGACGGCGUGGCUGAUUUCUGUGUUUAUCUCUAUACCUCCUCUGUUUUGGAGGCGUCGGGAGGACGGCGGUGGCCCGCAGCAGUGCAUCAUAGAGCACGAUCACGUGGGCUAUACCAUCUUUUCAACCUUUGGCGCAUUUUACAUCCCCAUGACACUCAUCCUCAUCUUGUACUCGCGCAUCUAUGCCGCCGCCAAGACGCUGUAUCAGAAACGGGGCUCGUCGCGACACCUCAGCAGCCGUAGCACCGAUAGCCAGAACUCUCUGAACCACUGCCGGGUCACGCACGCUUUCUGCAUCUCCGACCUCUCAAAUUCUGACCCUACAACAGAGUUCGACCGGAACAACAUCGCAAUUCGCAUGCCAUCCAUCGAUAUGGAAAUGGCAGAUUCAGAUGAGAGGAAUCAGAUCUGUACGUCCCGUGAGAGGAAGGCUGCACGGAUUUUGGGCCUUAUCAUGGGAGCUUUCAUCCUGUGCUGGCUACCAUUCUUUCUGAAAGAGCUGCUGGUGGGCCUGAAGAUGUUAAAUCCACCGCCUCACGUGUCAGACCUUCUCACGUGGCUGGGCUACAUGAAUUCUUUGAUUAACCCGUUGCUCUACACCAGCUUCAAUGAGGACUUUAAACAGGCCUUUAAGAGACUGAUCGGACGCAAAGAGCACACAUAGGCACAAAUUGUACCUUAAAGAGACUCUUAAACUAAAUCAUGCACAACUGAGUUCUAGAUUUUGGAUUUUCACUAAAGUCAAUAUGUUUCUCAAGAGAAAGUAUCACUUGAAACA